CUUUAAUCCCUGGAAAGUCCACGAACAAUGAAUCCAUUUCACGCAUCUUGUUGGAACACCUCUGCCGAACUUUUAAACAAAUCCUGGAAUAAAGAGUUUGCUUAUCAAACUGCCAGUGUGGUAGAUACAGUCAUCCUCCCUUCCAUGAUUGGGAUUAUCUGUUCAACGGGGCUGGUUGGCAACAUCCUCAUUGUAUUCACUAUAAUAAGAUCCAGGAAAAAAACAGUCCCUGACAUCUAUAUCUGCAACCUGGCUGUGGCUGAUUUGGUCCACAUAGUUGGAAUGCCUUUUCUUAUUCACCAAUGGGCCCGAGGGGGAGAGUGGGUGUUUGGGGGGCCUCUCUGCACCAUCAUCACGUCCCUGGAUACUUGUAACCAAUUUGCCUGUAGUGCCAUCAUGACUGUAAUGAGUGUGGACAGGUACUUUGCCCUCGUCCAACCAUUUCGACUGACACGUUGGAGAACAAGGUACAAGACCAUCCGGAUCAAUUUGGGCCUUUGGGCAGCUUCCUUUAUCCUGGCAUUGCCUGUCUGGGUCUACUCGAAGGUCAUCAAAUUUAAAGACGGUGUCGAGAGUUGUGCUUUUGAUUUGACAUCCCCUGACGAUGUACUCUGGUAUACACUUUAUUUGACGAUAACAACUUUUUUUUUCCCUCUACCCUUGAUUUUGGUGUGCUAUAUUUUAAUUUUAUGCUAUACUUGGGAGAUGUAUCAACAGAAUAAGGAUGCCAGAUGCUGCAAUCCCAGUGUACCAAAACAGAGAGUGAUGAAGUUGACAAAGAUGGUGCUGGUGCUGGUGGUAGUCUUUAUCCUGAGUGCUGCACCUUAUCAUGUGAUACAACUGGUGAACCUACAGAUGGAACAGCCCACACUGGCCUUCUAUGUGGGUUAUUACCUCUCCAUCUGUCUCAGCUAUGCCAGCAGCAGCAUUAACCCUUUUCUCUACAUCCUGCUGAGUGGAAAUUUCCAGAAACGUCUGCCUCAAAUCCAAAGAAGAGUGACUGAGAAGGAAAUCAACAAUAUGGGAAACACUCUGAAAUCACACUUUUAGGAAAGUACAUGGAUCACCAUGAGUCUAGACAUGAUUGUCUAUCUUACUGGUAUUAUUAGAAAGGGCAGGUGUACCGAUAUGUUUAUGCCCAUUCUUCUUGUGUACUUGUGACUCUUACCAGCAUGGAAGAGAAGUGUAACCAUGCAAAUACAAUGAGCUUAAUAUGCUAACUUUAGCAAGAUGUAAAAUGUUGAUCUAUAUUGUGGGUAGGGAAUGGGAUAGUCUGAGAUACCCAGGCUUCAUGAUGGUGUAUAUUAUUUCAGCAUAUUAUAAACUAGUCACUAAUGAAAAUGGCCAUCCAUGACCAUUGACUCAAAACUCACCAAGGAACCUGACCUUGCCCUCCACACUGUGGCCUCACUGUAACAGUUUCCUCAAGGUUCCUAGGAGGGUAUCACCUUAGAGUGAAGUCUGAAAUUUGGCUAUUUUUUAUCUAUAAAAAAUGUCAGGUUUAUAUGGUCCAAUACUAAUACCCUCAACAACUAAGCCCCACCUUUUAGAAUAAGUUACCAUUUAUUGCACACAUGCAAUGUGUAAGAUUACAUGUAACAAACCUGUGAAAUAAGUAUUAUUACCUUUGUUUACUAAGGCUCAGAAAGGAGAAAUGAUAGGCCUAAUGCUGCAACAGCUAUCUAAGAGCUGAGCUAACAUUCAGCUCUGCCUGUUUCUUUUCUACUGCACGACCUUGACAACCUUUACUUAUCAUGCUGGAGAAACCAGUAACUUGGAGUUUCUUUUGCUUUCUCCUGUAGCCCUACAAGAGGAGAACUAAAGUCUGAUAGAAAUGAGUUGAUGUUUUAAGCAUCAUUUUGGAUUACCUUUGUUCUCACACCUGCUAACUGUAGAAACUGGCAUCUGCACUUUAAUAAUAAUACUUUACUUCUGGACUUUGAGCAUAAUUAAGAAACAUUCCUGGCCGGGUGCAGUGGCUCACGCCUGUAAUCCCAGCACUUUGGGAGGUGGAGGCAGGUGGAUCACAGGGUCAGAAGUUCAAGACCAGUCUGGCCAACAUAGUGAGACCCUGUCUACUAAAAAUACAAAAAGAUUAGCCGAGCAUGGUGGCGCAUGCCUGUAGUCCCAGCUACUCAGGAGGCUGAGGCAGGAGAAUUGCUUGAACCCAGGAGGUGGAGGUUACAGUGAGCCGAGAUCACGCCACUGCACUCCAGCUUGGGCAACAGAGUGAGACGUCAUCUCAAAAAAAAAAAACAAACAAAAAAAAAAAAAAAAAACAAGAAACAUUCCCUUUUGGUUACAGUAUACAUGUUUGUUCUAAGGUACAAAAAAGUAAUUAGCCCUUAAAUUUUCAUAGGUAUUCAUUAUAUCUAUCUUUUCCUCUUUAGACUUAUAUAUAGUUAGGAAAGGAAACAAUGCAUUUAAUGCCUGGGUUCUACACUAAGACAAAUAUUGUUAUUUUUGCUUGUGGAUAAAGUCUGUAAACCCACCUUCUUCAUCUAAAUACAUUAAAUUUGUUUUCUCCGUAAACAUCUGAAACCAAUUUUCAACCAGCCCUUUCUAGAAAAAGAGUUAACCAUUUUUAUAUCUGAUCUCCAUUUUUAUAUUUCAAUUGUGUUUGGAUAAACUUGUAUUUGAAUCAACCCAGACGUGAUUUUUAACCCUAUUUAUUUUACUCUAGAAUUUUUAGGCACCAUUUCAGAACUGGAUAGUAUCUAAAUGCAUAUCUGGAUGAAUGGUUCUGUAAACCACAUGAGAAUUACACACUGAGACAGGUAGCAUCUGAAACAUUUUGUUUCCGUAGCUGAGGUCUAGAGACCUACAUAUGCAGCUGGAUGCUCCUAUAAAGCGUCCAUAAGAAGCUGUGUCAUGGCCACAGUUUCAGGGGUCUUCAUUCUCACUUUUCUAAGAUGCAACAGUCCGGGCUCAGUGAAUAAUAUUAACUUCUGAAGACCCAGCACAAUGGGUCAGAAACAUCUUCUUAUGUGAUAAUUGAAGAGCAAUUGCUUACUUUCAUUGUUUUUUUUAAUACAGAAAAAUAUUAUGAUUUUAAAGACUUAGCUUUAAACCACAGACCUUUUUCUAGUAGCAGUCCCAAUAGUCCUCAAAUAAUUGGCCAGUGAAUUAUUUUAAAUUAUAUUUACUAAGAGUUGUAAGGAGCUUUAUUUAGCAUUUAAUCAAAGUAGAAAAUAAAAAGGGUGACUAAUAAAUUUAUUUUUGUCCCUUUAUAUAGCGUUUCUAUGCAUAAGCAUAUUUAUAUGCAGAUUUACAGAGGUGAUUUGAUAGAGAUUCUUUGUGUGUUUUCUAUGUUUGGCCAUGAUAUGUAUACAUGUUUACUUUCAAAUGAAGUUAAUAAUGAUACUUGGGUAUUUGUCACUCAGUCAAAUAAUAAUCAUAUCCUUAUUCUAUUCUUAUUCAAUUCUAGGUGCCUCAUUUAAACUUUGAUCAUCAAUUAAUAAAAAUGAAUGAGUAAAAAUUGCUUAUGUAUUAAUUUACCUCAGGUUUGUAGCUUCUACUUUUAAGAUUUUUCU